AUGGAUGCUUUAUCCACGUCUCCUGAAGACGAAGAGUUUGAAACCACCACACCAUAUUAUUCGUAUCAUAAUGAUAAAACUAUUCAGACGCGCGAUAAUCAUUUUUGGGCUCAACGUAAACCAUCAAAUCCAAGGCUUAAUUCUUCAGGAAUUGAAACUCAAAGUAGUUAUGAACCACAAAUACCCCGCAUUAAUAAUGUAGACGCAUCCCAAUCACAGGUGGAAGAAACUCUCGAAGAGGAAAUCGAACGUGAACUUGUCACACAUUGCACUAACUUUCACAAAUGCCUUGAACUGCGUGACAAGUACAUGAUGUUAUCCCUACAAAGACUAGGGGAUAAUCCGAAAGAUCAACCGGGAUGGAAGAUAUAUCCGGAGCCACCACCUCCAACAUGGAAGAAACCGCCUCAAAAUCCAAAAGAAGCGCUUUCUAGUACUAAUAAUAGUAAAAAAGGAAAUUUACAAGUCGGUGAUGAUUUUAAUUUUGGCAAAUGCGAGAUUCCAGGCAAUCACGAGUUCCUUUUCGAAUUAGAUUCUUCUGGGGUUUACCAAGUAUAUGAAACUCGAGAAGCUCUUGAAAAGCAUAAGCCUGCUUAUAAGGUUCCUACCAUCAGAGAAUACUUUAUCGAUCUCGAUACAAUACUGGAUAUUAUUUCAGAUGGUCCAGCAAAGAGUUACGCCUAUAGACGUUUACGAUAUCUGGAAAGUAAAUGGCAUAUGUACGUGAUAUCCAAAGAGUAUCAAGAAAUUGCGGACUCAAAGCGAGUUCCGCAUCGAGAUUUCUAUAAUGUACGCAAGGUUGAUACACACGUUCAUCUUUCAUCCUGUAUGAAUUCCAAACAUCUUUUACGAUUUAUUAAAUCUAAAUUAAAGAAACACAAGGACGACAAAGUGAUCUUUCGGGAUAAUAAAGUUCUUACACUUAUACAGGUGUUCGAGAGUUUGCAUCUGUCAGCGUAUGAGCUUAGCAUAGACACUUUGGAUAUGCAUGCGCAUACAGAUUCAUUUCAUCGAUUUGAUAAAUUUAAUCUCAAAUACAAUCCAAUUGGUGAAUCUCGUCUAAGAGAAAUUUUCUUAAAGACUGACAACUAUAUUUCUGGUCGUUAUUUUGCCGAAUUAACUAAAGAGGUGAUAUCUGAUUUGGAGGCUAGCAAAUAUCAAAUGGCUGAAUAUAGAGUCUCGAUAUAUGGGCGCUCUAAAUCUGAAUGGGAUAAAUUAGCUAAAUGGAUAGUGGGCAAUAAGAUAAUUUCGCCCAAUGUACGUUGGUUAAUACAGAUUCCUAGGUUAUAUAAUGUUUAUGCGAGUAAUAAUACUGUAGCAAAUUUUGAAGAUGUGAUCAAAAAUAUCUUCGAGCCAUUAUAUGAGGUGACUCAAGACCCCCGUAAACAUCCUGAACUACACGUAUUUCUUCAACGUGUAGUUGGUUUUGAUAGUGUGGAUGAUGAAUCGAAGGCGGAAAGACGCAUUCAUAGAAAAUAUCCAUUCCCUAAAGAUUGGGAUACUAAAUUAAAUCCACCGUAUUCAUAUUAUAUAUAUUAUAUGUAUGCCAAUAUGACGAGUUUAAAUCAAUGGAGAAAAGUUCGAGGAUUUAACACGUUUGUUCUUCGACCUCAUGCCGGAGAAGCUGGUGACACUGAUCAUUUGACUUCUGCUUUCCUUACUUCUCAGUCCAUCUCUCACGGAAUUUUAUUAAGAAAAGUACCCGCGCUACAAUAUCUUUAUUACUUGAAACAAAUUGGCAUUGCAAUGUCUCCUUUAUCCAAUAAUGCUCUCUUCUUGAAUUAUGAAAGAAAUCCAUUCUUGAACUUCUUUCAAAGAGGAUUAAAUAUUAGUUUAAGUACGGAUGAUCCAUUGCAAUUCCAUUUUACUAAAGAACCGUUGAUUGAAGAGUAUAGCGUUGCCGCUCAGAUAUGGAAAUUGUCUGCGGUAGAUAUGUGUGAACUAGCGCGUAACUCUGUAAUUCAAAGCGGAUUCGAGAUGAGCAUUAAAAACCAUUGGUUAGGGGAUCGAUGGUAUCUUCCCGCCGUUGAUUCCUCCGGUAUUCAUAAGACCAAUGUUCCCACAAUUCGUUUAAAUUAUCGUCAUAAUACUCUGCUGGAGGAAAUUGAGUUGGUGAGAAAAUAUUCCACACUUAAAACCGAUUCUCUUGAGCGUAACACAAUCACUAUGGAUCCAAAAGACGCGUCAAAAAAGCAAAAAACACCCAAUAAAUCAUUAAUUCACGAAAUGCUGAACAUUUCUAAUAAUAAAAAAGAUGACGAUUACAACAAUAUUAGAAACAUUUUAUCAUCAGCAUCAGAUUCGGAAAUGAGCGUUAUACCUGGCGUUGGAACUUUUAUAGAUAUAAACGGGGAAGGUAAUACUGGUGACGAGCUUAGAAAUAGUAAUAGUAAUUGUAAUGAUGGAAUCAUUGAGAAAAUAAAUGAACAAACGGUGAUGGAUGGAAAUGAGGCAGACAUUGAGGAAUAG